UGGAGGCAGAGUCGAUCACUCCUCAGUUGGCAUCACCGCUCGAAACCUCCACACUGCAUCACGCCCUGAGUGGAAUGGAAGAAAAGGACAAGAAAGAAAAUGAGGAGUACACCGGAGAGAUAAAGGGUGGACUGCGGCCUUCAAUGAAACUGGUUGUCAUGGGAAUUAUUAACAAAAAACCCAAGAGCAUCGAGGUGAUUCUGUCCAGUGAGCCUCAGGAGGAGGACGCAGACGGUGAUGUGGGACUUCAGUUAAAUGUGAACUUCAUGGAUAAGGCCGUCGAACGCAACGCUCGCCUGGCUGGAAAGUGGGGAAGACCUGAAACUACUCUCUCCUACUUUCCGUUUGCACCUGGAGAAUCCUUCAAGAUGGAGAUAGUUUGUGAGCACCAGCAGUUUCGCAUCUUGGUGGACGGACAGCCUCUGUGCGGAUUCACCCACCGGCUCACCCGGCUCGCUUCCCUCACUGCCUUACGGGUCUUUGGAGACUUUCAGCUCACCAAGGUGGCCUAGCACCAGCGCCUGACGUUGUGGGGACAACAGUACAAACGGUUAGAAUAGAGCUACUUUGAAUGAAUUAACCCAUGAUGGGGCUGUGGGGGAACAAAGUGACGCCUGCCUCGUAAUCACGAGUUAAGUGCCUGGUAGAUUACCUGUUUGGGGACUUGAAGUUAGACUGAAUGUAACAGUCGUCUGUGUCUUAAAUCAACUGAGGAAUGUGAUUAGAACUGAAGCAAUUUGUGGUUUAAACUAUACUAUUUUCCCUUCCUGAUGAACAUUUGCACAGAUGUGAUGCGUCGCUGAUAAAAGGAGUGCUGCAUCCGUCUGUGUGCUUUCGAAUCUCAGACCUCUGGAGUUAACCUUUGAAAGCACUUACGUUUACGAGCACCUGCAUGAAGAUGAAUGUUUCUGAAAUCAACUGAUUGUCAUUCUGUGCCCAACUCAGUAUAUAAUGAUGUAAAGCGAUUUGCGUAGCCUACGUUAGUGCAUGCCAGUAACACACACACUGUUUGUUGCAUUCCUCUCAGUUUGCCUCCAGAUUAAACACAAAGCUGCAGAGGUUUACGUCACACUUUGUUAUUGUACCAUUAUCAACUAUGAAAAGCCACCAACACCCACUGGUUCAUGUACUUUUCUUUUACCCCGAGCACUUUUUGUGUGAAUGUUUCAUAUUGACUUAACUUUACUGCAAUAAAUCACUUUUGU